ACCUGAUGGUGGGAGAGGGGGCGAUAUUUACGUUUGAUCGGCUUGGUCCUCAUGAUAGUGGAGAAUAUCUUUGUAGGGCCGUUAAUGAUCUGGGCCAUUGGAACUCCACACCUGUGUCACUAAAUGUUUUAUAUCAACCAAGAAACACUCAAGUCUCUUCUCCUAAUGAGACUAUAGAGGGCGCUUCAGUCAAUUUAACCUGCAGUAGUGAUGCCAACCCACCUGUGGAGAACUACACCUGGUUUAAGGUGAAUGAGUCCACUCCAGUAGGAUCAGGACAGCAGUACAGCAUCAUUAACAUCAGAUCUGAAGAUGGAGGACAGUACUACUGUGAGGCCAGGAACAAAUAUGGAGCUGAGAACUCUACUCCCAUACAAUUGAAUGUUAUCACAGACAACAGCACCGUGUUGUUGUACAUCCUGAUUGGCAUCACAGUUUGUGGAGCCUUGACUCUUCUCUGUGCUGUUCUCUGGAUAAGGAGUCAAAAAGGAAAUAAGGGGUCAAUCAAACAUGACAUGGAUCAGGAUGAAGACCUAUAUGCCAACAUUGGCUUCCAAGCAUCUACCCAGCAUGGAGCUGCCGGUCCCCAGACUCCCCCCAGUCCAGGAGCAGCAGAGGAUGAUGCUGUGUACUCAAAUGUCCAACACCACUACUCUACAGAGACAGGAGCAGCAGCUGACGAGGCAAACGUCCAGUACGCCAGUGUCCAGUUUCAAAAGUUUCAAAAGGCCAGUGUCAAGUUUAAAAAGGCCAGAGCUGGACAGAGGUCUCCUGCUCAUGCUGACCAGGAGGACUCGGUCAUCUACAGUGGAGUCCAAUCCCAGCACCCAUCCCAGCUCAGCAGGUCCUGUGAAACGAAUGGGGAGGAUGAGUCAUCUACAGACAUCUAUAGCAGAUUGCAGAAACCAUAUAGAAAAUGAUGCGAACCCACAAAGAUUCCAGAAGCAAUGUAGAACAUGACUGGGAUACAGAAUAUCCUUCAAUAUGGAAGAGUGUUCUCACAAAAUACAGUUUGUAGUGUACCAUAAUGGAGGGUUUAUUUCUCUUUGUUCUCAUCAUUGA